CGGAGGUAGCCGUCUAUGCAAAAACCCUUCAGUUUUUGUCUGAAAAAGAAGGCUGUUUUUAUGUCUCGAACGCCUGGAUAUUUAAUACUAGUACACAAUUUUCUGUUUUGCCAAGGAAAAAAGCACUAUUUGAUUAAAAGUUGCAACAGGUCGUUACUCUCUAGAGUAGACAAAUUAACCCUAGCCGCCUUCCAUAACUGACACCUUUGCCUCCACCUAAACCUCCUCUAGCGGUGCUUUGGUAUUGUUCUCUUGCAGCAGACAAUAAUCCUUUCAAGGCAAGUACCACGAGACCCUCAACGCACGCGCUGCGACAACAACGGACAAACCGCACUUUAUUUACUAUCAUGCCCUCGCAACCCAACCCUUAUAAAAGCCCAAUCCCAACCAAUUUGGACACCACGCUCACUUGCUUACCAGUUCCUCAGAACGCCUUUCUCUAACUUGGUCACCAUCUUUGCUUUCUGCCUUUCUAGUUGCUUUUGUUUUCCUUUUUGAAUUCUUGGAAAGGGAAGAAAAAGAAGGAGAAGAAGAAAGAAUGCAUUAUCAGGGUGAUUCUUGGGGCUUCUACAUGCCAAUGAGAAGCAUGGGGUCAGACCCGAUGGAGAGGGUGGUGAAGCUGGCCUCUGAGAGCGCAGUGGUAAUAUUUAGUGUGAGCAGCUGCUGCAUGUGCCAUGCUGUGAAGAGGCUUUUCUGCGGAAUGGGAGUGAACCCAACCGUGUACGAGCUGGACCAGGACCCCAGAGGGAAAGAGAUGGAAAGGGCACUGAUGAGGCUGCUUGGCAACUCACAAUCCGUUCCUGUUGUUUUCAUUGGAGGGAAGCUGAUAGGUGCCAUGGAUCAAGUCAUGGCUUCCCAUAUUAACGGUACCCUGGUACCACUUCUCAAGGAGGCCGGAGCUCUUUGGCUUUAA